CGCGCAUAUACGACGACACGCCCACGACAGAAACGUUGCGCGCGUGCUGAUGACGUACACAGCGCUUCUUCUCGAUGACAACACCGACGGGAGCGUUCGGAGGCGCCAGAAACAGCAAAGCCAUGAACUGGAACAAAGGUGGUCCAGGCGUCAAGCGAGGUUUCGGGUUUGGAGGAUUUUCCCUCGCAGGGAAAAAAGAGGAAUCCCAGGGCGCUGAAAAAUCCCACACAUCGCUCGGACCCCCGGGAUCAAGUGGGGGAUAUGGGAAGAACCAGCAGCUCCCGUCGUUCUAUAAAAUAGGCACCAAAAGAGCCAAUUUUGACGAGGAAAAUGCGUAUUUCGAAGAUGACGAAGAGGAGUCCAGCAGCAAUGUGGAUCUGCCGUACAUCCCCGCAGAGAAUUCCCCCACGCGGCAGCAAAUGCAGGCCGGUGGCGGCUCGGACAGCGAGGAUGACCCGCUGGAUGCCUUCAUGGCCGAGGUUGAGAACCAAGCAGCCAAAGACAUGAAGAAAUUAGAGGAAAAGGAGAAGGAGAAAAAGUCGGCCAAGGGUAUUCGUGAUGACAUUGAAGAAGAGGAUGAACAAGAAGCCUACUUCCGCUACAUGGCAGAGAAUCCGACAGCCGGGCUGACCCUGGAGGAGGAGGAUGAGAACAUUGACUACGACAGUGACGGCAACCCCAUCGCCCCCGCCGCCAAGAAAAUCAUCCUGCCGCUUCCUCCUAUUGACCACUCUGAGAUUGAUUAUCCACCCUUUGAGAAAAACUUCUACAAUGAGCAUGAGGAGCUCAGCAGCCUGACUGGAACUCAAGUGUUGGAAUUGAGGCACAAACUGAACUUGCGAGUUUCUGGUGCUGCCCCUCCAAAGCCAAGUACCAGCUUUGCCCACUUCACUUUUGAUGAGCAGCUAAUGCACCAAAUCCGCAAGUCUGAGUACACUCAGCCCACACCGAUCCAGUGCCAGGGCGUGCCUAUAGCUCUGUCGGGACGUGACAUGAUUGGUAUCGCAAAAACUGGCAGUGGCAAAACCGCAGCUUUCAUCUGGCCAAUGCUGGUUCAUAUCAUGGACCAAAAGGAGUUGGAAGAAGGAGAGGGGCCCAUCGCGGUGAUCGUGUGUCCCACCAGGGAACUCUGUCAGCAGAUCCACGCGGAAUGUAAGCGCUUUGGGAAGGCCUACUCAUUGCGUUCCGUGGCGGUUUAUGGAGGAGGCAGCAUGUGGGAGCAAGCCAAGGCCCUGCAGGAGGGGGCAGAGAUCGUGGUGUGCACUCCGGGUCGUCUGAUUGACCACGUAAAGAAGAAGGCCACGUCCCUGCAGAGAGUGACCUACCUGGUGUUUGAUGAGGCCGACCGCAUGUUCGAUAUGGGCUUUGAAUAUCAGGUUAGAUCUGUUGCCAGCCAUGUCCGCCCCGACAGACAGACUCUUCUGUUCAGCGCUACUUUUCGAAAGAAGAUUGAGAGGCUGGCUAGAGACAUCCUGAUCGAUCCUAUCCGUGUGGUGCAGGGAGACAUCGGAGAGGCCAAUGAGGAUGUGACCCAGGUAGUGGAGCUGCUGCACAGCGGGACGGACAAAUGGGCCUGGCUGACCCGGCACCUGGUCGAGUUCACCUCCUCCGGCUCCGUCCUCAUCUUCGUCACCAAGAAGGCGAACUGCGAAGAGCUGGCCACCAACCUGACGCAGGAGGGCUACAGCCUGGGCCUGCUGCAUGGAGACAUGGACCAGAGCGAGAGGAACAAGGUCAUCAGUGACUUCAAGAAGAAGAACUUGCCCGUUCUGGUGGCCACAGAUGUAGCUGCUCGUGGUCUGGACAUCCCUUCCAUCCGCACGGUGGUGAACUAUGACGUGGCGCGAGACAUUGACACGCACACACACAGGAUCGGUCGAACUGGGCGUGCUGGUGAGAAGGGUGUAGCUCACACUCUCCUCACCAACAAAGACACCACGUUCGCCGGAGACCUUGUGAGGAAUCUUGAGGGAGCGAAUCAGGCUGUUUCUAAAGAACUGAUGGAUUUAGCCAUGCAGAAUCCAUGGUUUAGGAAGUCCAGAUUCAAGAGCGGUAAAGGAAAAAGGCCAAAUAUUGGAGGAGGUGGUCUUGGUUACAAAGAGAGACCAGGCCUGGGGGCUGAGAGUUCUGAACGUGGCAGCAGCAGCUUGAUGUUGUCCAGUGGUAGCUACGAGGGCUACAGCAAACCAGCUACUGGAGCGAUGGGAGACCGCAUGUCUGCGAUGAAACAAGCCUUCCAGGCUCAGUAUAAGAGCCACUUUGUGGCAGCGUCAAGUGGCCCUCCCAAACUCACCACUAAGUCCAACAGCUCGUCGUGCUGGACUAGCGCCGGCAGUCUGAGCUCUGUGCCGACAGAAUCUGCCAACGGCUCUGAAAGAGCAGAGAGGUCUCACAGUGCCGCCAUGUCAAUGUCCGGCUUCACCAGCGCUGGCACCCUGAGCUCGGUGCCGCCCACUCAAACCAGUUCGCAGCCCAGCUUCUCUCCACCCGCACCUCCACCUCCCCCACAGAGAGACAGCUCACGGGACAGACACGGCAUGGAAGACCGCGGACGCCACGGGGACAGUCACCACCGCCACAGUGACCGGAGCGACCGGCACGGCGGCGACGAUCGCUACGGUGACCGAGAUCGGCACGGAGACAGAGAUCGUGACCGCCACGGGGACCGGGAUCGCCACGGCAGCAGCAGCAGCCGCCACAGCGAUGGUCGUAACGGGGACGGAAGCAAGAGGGACAGAGAAGAUCGCAGGGGUGAUCGGGACGCAGGAGACAAGGGGAGUGGGGAGGGGAGAGACAGAGGGGAUGAUAGCUUUGCUGUCCCUGAACCACCAAAACGUAGAAAGAGCAGGUGGGACAACUAAAGAGAAAAAAAAUUACAUCAAUAGAAUAACACGUGCAACCAACUGCAUCAUGACAAGCUCAUCUGUGCAGGCAGAUAGCGGAGCGUAUCAGAGGCUGGCACAAGCACAGGGUUGUAGGGAGGAUUUUGUGGACUCACAAUACAUGGCAAGUCCGCCGUCUGCUUGGGAGAGGACCACACGGUGUGGUCAGACAGAUCAACACAAGCAGCUCAGAAACGGCCACUGUACAUAACACCAUCAAGACUUUAUUUUUUUGUUGUUGUUUUAAGUCAAUAGGGUCCAGCGAUAGAGCUGCAACGAAUUCCUGCCGUCAGUAAAACAAUUCAAAGUUAGGAUGUGUUCGUUGUUGUCUUGUUUAUACUCACCGAGCUCACAAUUACGCUUCUGUGCUUACACAAAACUCGACGCAUUUUCUGUACCUAACGAAUCUUGGAAAAGUGUGUUUGCGUUUUCUUAAUCUACAAAACUAAAUCGUAGAACUGUUGGCUUUUUUUUUAAAGCGCUCUGUGCGUGAUGAUUUACACUCACAAUUCAAAUUAACAAUUCAAAAAAAAGUAUGUAUAGGAAUUUUUGUGUCUUGUAUUCAAAGUUUUAGUGAAGUGCCUUUCCCUGGCACUUAGUCUGUCUGCUUUGGAAAUGUGUUUUCAGGAAGAUUCGUUUGUUUGUACGAGAGGGACUUCAAGUGUUUGUUCACAAAAAGAAAAAUGGCAAGUUUCAAUUAAAAAACACUCGUCUGGCAUAA